ACAACAGAGUGAAGCUACACUGGCCGGUGUACGCCUGACAACAAACCGUGCGUACCCGCCCGUAGCACCCCGCCCAUUCAGCUAGCACCGCUACCGUAGCAACAUAAGCUAACAGCUAGCUUACAUCAGUUUAGGGCUGUGUUGAGGUUGGAAUAUUAUUCAACCUGUCCGCGGUUUAUUCUUUAUAAACAUUAAAAACGCGGCCUGGCCAUUUACAGAGCUGGAGGGAACUCAAAUCCAGGAUGUGCUCGGUGGUCGGAUGUUAUUCGGGGCGUCGCAGUGCGCAACGGUUCAAGUUACCGGAGGACCCCGAGAGGAGACUGGAGUGGGUCCAGUUUCUCGCUACAGUCAAUAAACAGCGUUUUAAAGAAUCGUCCUGGACAGACAUUACAAUUUGUAGCGAACACUUUGAAAAUGACUGUUUUGAGAACCUGACUGACGGUCAUCCAGGCAGCGUCCAGCUAACGUUAAAGCUCAGUGCUGUCCCAUCACUGUCAGACGACCCGGAGCCACAUAUGGAGAGCCCAGGAUGUGUGGAGCCUGUGGAAACCACAAAUGUUUCUUUUAAGUGUGACAACCUUAACGCAUGCAACAGUCCAACUUCCUACUCUGAAAAGUCUAAACAUAUUGUAAGAGAUGUCAAAAGAAGUCCUGAGUCCAGUGGUGUCUUAGUGUCACCUGAUGUUUCAAAUGCUGUCGCCUCUGGAUCUGACCAAAUACAACAAAGAGUCAUUAAUGAUUUAAACCAGGAAAAAGCUGCGCUUCUACAGAUGAAAGGAAAGUUUGCUGUUAAUGAAAGCUGCCUCCUCCAGUUGUUCCGCCGCAAGUGUCCAUCAUGUGACUGUAAACUUCAGAUGGAGAAGGUCACCUAUGGGGUGCUCAUUAUCUUGAACCAACAGUGCCUUCAGUGUGAGUACAGAUACCAAUGGAAAAGCCAAGUCAAUGCCAGCGUCCCAACAGCUGAGGAUCAACACCUGACAGGGGCCACGGAAGGAACUCCAUACACCCAAAAGAAUAUGCGAACAGACGACAACCUCAGCAGAACAGUUUUCUCUGAGAUCGUCACCUUUAGCGACGAAGAAAGUGAUCCCUCGGAUGACGGGGAGGAAGGCGAUGAAGGCGGGGUGAGUUCAGACGGGGAAUGGAAUCCAACCGAGGACAUCUUGCUCGCUCAAGAGCUCACAAAGGAGUCUGACGAAGAAACCGAAGAUGAUGAUGAAGAAGAAGAAGAGGAGGAAGAUUUUGAUUCCCCGGGUGGCCUCAAAAUUAAUGAGCUCUGCAUAGAGUGUGGACGUUUUUUCAGUAUUCUGAAGCCUCACACGUGCGAGCACAAAGUAAAGCCCUAUUCCUGCAACAUUUGUGGCAAACGAUGUGUUACCGAGAUCUCUCUAAAAACUCACAGCAAAAUCCACGAUGAAACCUACGAGCAUCCGUGCAAAUACUGCCACGUUACCUUCAAAACAAGGCUGGACAAACUAAAACACGAGCAGACGCAUAAAGAUAACAAAGAUCCCUAUAAAUGUCCAGACUGUCUGGAGACAUUCGCCACCAGUAAAGAACGCAGAAUCCACCUGUCAAAUCACAGAACGCCGAAGGAGUUCAAAUGUGGAGUUUGUGGGAUUGAAUUCAAGGACGUGCAUCAUCUUCGGAGACACUCUGUAGUGCACACGGGUUUGAAACCGUACAAGUGCUCAGUGUGCGAGCGCGGCUUCAACCAGACGAACCACCUGAAGUCCCACAUGCGUCUGCACACGGGAGAGAAGCCUUACAAGUGUCAGCAUUGUGACCGUAGCUUCAAUCACAACGUGAGCUUGAAGAGUCAUGUCCAGCGAUACCACUCGUCGGGCUCUGCACGCGGCCGGAAGAAAAAAAAGAUCAAGGAAAGGCUGAGCGCCACUGGUGAUGCCGAGGACGACGGGAACAAGAAGGGCACAGACUCUGAGUUCAACAAUGUAGAAGAAGAACAAGACACAGAAGAGGAGGUGCGGAAGGAGAGAACCGAUAUACGAAAAAGUAGAAAGAGGAGCACAGGUAGACCCAGAGGAAGGCCGAAGAGGAAUGCAGAAGGCGACUUUGUUUUGGAAGGGGAAAAAAAGGGCCCACGUUCGAACACUAAAACUGGAAAAUCAAAGGCGCAGAAGUCAAAGAAAACAGGUUCUAUCGAUGAGGAAAGUGAGGACGAGCAAUCAGACAGCGACUUAUCCUUUGACUCUGGGGAAGAGGAAGAAGAAGAGAAGGAGACAGCGAGAAAGAGCACGGCGAGAUCAAGAGGAAGACCAAAAAAUGACAGUGACACUGAUUUCGACCCAGAGGAAGAAACCAAGAAGAAGAGGUACAGCAGCCAGAGCAGUGGUAAGAGCUUGGCGAGAGGCCGGGGCAGACCAAAGAAGAAUGUAGCAGUGUGAAAAACCUUAAAACACACAGCUGAAGGAUUAAUUUGGUGUGAGUGAUGGUGAAAAGAAAGAAGCCAUUAAGAUCAGAGGCCCACAGAGAACUGGACUGAUAUCUCUUGAGUAGAUAUAUAAAAACAAAACAUCCACACAGGCCAGUGUCUCUCUGAAUUAAAUUGUCUUUUAGUCUAAAGACUGAUACUUUUAAACCUGUUAGCUGAACAUGGGCUUAUGUUAAGUCUCGAGUUCCUUUCAAGAAAAAAAAGUUGUUUUUUUUUUGUUCAAAAUCAGUGCGAAGAGAAGUUAACUUUCACCAAUGAGACCAGCCCUCUCGAUUAUUUGAUGUCACUGACAGUGAAUGGGCAAUAAAUGGGGUCAGGGUCAAGUUUAUAUAUUGUAAUAAUAUUGUUAAAAAAAAUACCUUUCUACUUACGACACUUUGACAGUUUCUUUUCUUAUUUCACUCAAUAACUGUAUCUUGAAGUAUUCAGAUUGUUCAUUGUUACAUGUUUUGAUUUAUGAGUAUUACAGUUUUACCAGUUAAGGCUAAUGAAUCAGACUCAAUCAAUGACGAUGUUCACUUACACAAUGCCUUCAAAUCUAUAGAAACAACAGUAUCUCUGUAGUUCCACCUAAUACAUGUAAGUAUUGGAGUGUUAAUAAAAAUGUCUGUUCUCCUCUUAAGCCCGAGCUUCAGUGAUAAUCAGUGUGGCCUCACUGUCAGAGAUGAUUUUAAAGGCCCGUACCAGUUGUUUUGUAUUGUUUACUCCAUUCACUACAAAUUGAUGAUUCGGUUUACAUUGCUGCUAAUUUUGGUUUCCAUUUUCUUCAGUAUGCUACAAAGUUUGUUAUGGUUCUGUUCUGAUCCAAUAAUUAUACAUUUAUUAAACUCAUCUUGGAACGUUCGAGGACAAACCGUCAUCUGAGAUGUUUUUGUGCAUCAACAUUUCAAUGCAGCAAACUGACCCAACCCACAGUGUGUUUUCAUGAUAUCAAUGUUGGAUCACAGUUUGCCUUCUGGUUGUCACCUCUCCGACACCAGCGUUCAUCAGCGCAGUGAUUUUGUGACAAAAUAUCAGUUCUCAGACCUCAGAGCUUCCCUGAAUGCACCACUGAGGAGGGCUUUGGUAAUGUUGUUAUUAGAACACAAGUGUAUAAAAUACAGUUUAAUAAAUGAAUGAAUAAAUAAAAAGCUAUCCAAAA